ACGUGGAAAGACACACGGUUGGGGGGGAUGUUAGUUCGGAGUAUGUCGUUGAAAAUGGAACACCACAGGGUAGCAUUGUUAGUCCAGUAAUUUUUUCUAUUAUGAUUAAUGAAAUUUUUUGUAACGUGGAGUCCUCGGUUGGAGUGUCACUAUUUGCUGAUGAUGGUGUAAUGUGGAAAAGAGGUAGGAACAUCAAGUAUAUAGUUAAAAAAGUACAACAAGGUAUCAAUAAGGUAGAAAGCUGGGCAUUAAAGUGGGGUUUUAGAUUUUCUGUAGAUAAAACUAAGGUCAUGUUUCUAACUAGAAAGAGAGUAAGCAAUGAUAUUAAGUUGACAUUAUAUGGGCAAAACUUGGAAAGAGUGAAUGAGUUUAAAUAUUUAGGACUAUGGUUUGAUAGCAGGCUGACUUGGAGGUUGCAUAUUCGGAAAACUGAGGAGAGAUGUAAGAAGGUAGUGAAUGUGAUGAGAUGCCUUAGAGGGCGGGACUGGGGAGCAAGUCGAGUAUGCUUAAAAAUAGUGUACACAGCAUUAAUCAGAUCUGUUAUUGAUUUUGGAUGUGUAGUAUAUAAUUCGGCAGCACAAAGUAAUUUAAUGAAAUUAGAUGUAGUGCAGAGCCAGGCGCUGAGGAUUUGUUGUGGAGCAAUGAAGUCAACUCCAGUGUCUGCCCUUCAGGUAGAGUUAGGAGAGAUGCCUCUAAAAUAUAGAAGACUGCAGCUACUGUUGUCAUAUUGGGCAGGUCUUCGGGGUCAUAAAAGUAAUCAUCCAGGUUUAAAACUGUUAUGUAGUUGUCAAGAAGGGGAGCGAGCUCAGCUGAACAGUUUUGGGUGGAUAAGUAGACGAAAAGCUCGAGACUUUGGUAUUGCACAGAUGGAUGUUAGUCCUGCUGUUCCGAUCUCUGUAGUCCCCCCAUGGAUAUUGAAAAGGCCUGAUGUAGAUCUUGAGCUACAGGGAAAGAAAUGUAGUAGUAGUAGUGUAACAGGAUAUAUAGAGAAGAGGUUUUCCUCCUGGCUAUCAAUAUAUACAGAUGCGUCAAGGUUAGAAGAUGGGAGGGUUGGGAUUGCUUUUGUUAUUCCAAGUCUUGAUAUUAGAGUUUUUAGAAGAGUAAAUGAUAAUAUAGCAGUGUUUACGGGAGAGUUAGUGGCAAUUUUGUUUGCGUUACACUGGGUAGAAGAAAGUGCAGCAAUGCAAGUAGUUAUAGCAUCUGAUUCCAGUAGUGCAUUAAUGAGUAUACAAAAUAUGAGGUCUGAGUCGAGGCAAGAUAUAGUAUACGAUAUAUUACAAGUGGUUUAUCGAAUAAACGUGUCUGGAAAACAAUUAGUUUUUCUUUGGGUACCAGCACACAUAGGAGUUGAAGGGAAUGAGCUGGCAGAUGCCUAUGCAAAGAGAGGGGCAAGAAAAGAGAUGGUGGAUUCUCAAGUUAAGUACAGCAAGGCUGAAAUUAAGAGCAUAGUUAAAAAGAAGUUAGAGAGUGAAUGGCAGAGAGAUUGGGAUGAGGAGGUAAAGGGACGGUUUUAUUAUUCAUUUCAAAAGAAGAUUAGGGGGCCAGGGGUUGGGGGUCUGUUGGCAAGGAAGGAAGAAGAUGUAGUAGCGAGAUUGAGAUUUGGACAUACACGAUUGAAUAGUACUCUGAAACUGAUUGGAAAGCAUCCUACGGGGCAGUGUGAAAAUUGUGAGGAGAAUGAGACAGUUGAGCAUGUUUUGAUGAGAUGCAGGAAGUAUGAACAGCAAAGAAGAGUUUUAAGUAGACGUCUGGAGAAUAGAGGGUUAAUCUUUUCUUUGGGGACUGUUUUGCAGAGUGACUCUACGUUCGAUGUAUAUAAAGAGCUGCUGACGUUUCUUCGUGUCACUGGGUUAAUUAGGAGAGUUUAAGAAGAUGUUGAAUGCUGGGGCCUUCCUGGCCCACACUCCUUACCGGAAGGUGGCGGUAAAUGCAACCUAAAGUUUUUUGCCAACCGCCAUAAAACAAAAAGAAGAAGAAGAAGAAGAAGGAAAGACACACGGACAAAGCGCAGUCUGUAUGUGGGAGAAACCCACCGAAGAACCUCUGUGACAUCUGGAGGCAGUGGACGCAGCGACACGCAGUGUGUGCAGACUGGAGGUUUCAAAUUUCCACAUCACAGUUGUGAAAGUUUCAUACUGAACCAUGGCUGGAUCCAAAAUGCUGUUUUAGAGUCAUAAACCCUGCAGGUACCUUCAGGUGGCCUCAGUCUCAUGUCACUUGCUAUCCAACAAUUCUUUGUGAGGCGGUUUAUUUUCAUCCCACAGAAAAUGAAGAGAAUCUCACUCGGCUCAUGUGGCCUCCUGGUCCCAGUGCAGAGAGGAGCAGGUGUGAUGGAAAAUCUCAUUCUAAAGAUGCUGAGCAGCUGAUAGUUUGUCAUCACAGGAGACUUUGAGGCUGAUGUGUCAUUGGCGUUUGGUCUGUGUGCAGAACUCACAGGAGUCUGGAAACAUGGCUUGUACAUCACAGUCUGCCUUAAAUUAUGUCAGUAGAGCCAGAGGGCGCCUUGUGGGAGAAUUACAGAAUCUCUCUGUGAUUCUGGAGAACUUGUAUCAGAAAGGAGUUCUCAGUGAUGAGGAGGUCAGCAAAAUACAGACAGAGCGUGAUGACUUCGAUAGAACCAGAAAAAUCCUGGACAAGGUCAUAAAAAAGGGGGAAGCAGCCUGCUACGAGUUACUCAGAAUUAUUGACGUGACGAGGAAGAGGACUUUAGAGAGGCCGCCUCCUCUCCCUGAGAAAAACACUGGAACUUCCACUGGAACCCAGAAGUUUGACCUUCACCACUGGAUCAGCUGCUUUUCUUUCAAGGAAGAAACGCAAAUGGAUGUGGACUACCUGCAAGGACCAAGACCGUGCCACAGAUAUCAGAAAAAGUUGAAGUUGAAAGCACAGAAAUUAUCUAAAGAGUUUUGGAAUCCAAGUAAAAAACUGUUUGAAGACAAAAGGAGGCCUGAUCUGUCAUACACCUCACUUGUAUUGGAUACACAGAAAAGCCCAUCUCCAUCUAAAAUCAAGAAAUGGAAGAGAAAGAAAAGUAAGAUGAGUCGACCUAAGAAACUGAGGACAUACAUCCCUGAGGACAAACCAGAAAUUUCCCCCACUGACCUUCUGAAAACACAGGAAGACAUCCUCUUGGUCGGGAAGCCUGGAAUUGGAAAGACGGCAGUCGUUCGUGAAAUGUUGAGACUGUGGGCAGAAAAGGACAAGAAGGAGUUAGAUUACAUGUUCUACUUUGACAUGAGGAAAAUGUCCCAAACCACACCCGCUAUGACCCUGAAGGAAUUUCUUUUUAAUAAGUUCAGUGAACCAGAUGUAGGCAUGGAUGAGGUUUUACAGGAUAUAAAGAGUAACUCUGACAAUGUUACCAUCAUUUUUGAUGGCAUCACAGAUCUGUCUCCAUCAGUGGUGGAGGACCUUGUAGAGAAAGAACUACUACCUGAUGCAAAGAUCAUCAUAACAUGCAGACCAGAUGACGAGAAAGACUUCUUCUCUGGGGACUGUCUCAGAGUGGAGGUGAAAGGAUUUAGUGAGCAGACCAUAAAGUCCUACUUAUCUGCAACACUCUGCGAUGCACAGAAGGUUUUGAGCAGAUUGGAGUUGCUGACUCUUUGCCAUGUACCAAUGUAUGCUCUGAUGGUGGCUGCCUGCUCUUCAUCAGAACACUCUCCACAGCCAUGCACUAUAACAGAAAUCUACAUUGACAUUGUUCGUUACUGCCUUCAGGUAAACAGCAACAAAACAGAAGAUCUAAACACCUUCAUCAAAACCAAGAGAGAGGAAAUAUUGUUUUUGGCUGAAAUAGCUUUCAAUGCAACUCAGGGAAAAACUGUGAACCUGAAUGAAGUGCCCUGUAAAGACAGCUGUGUCCUUUCCUUCCUGAAACCACUUUUUAUCAAAGUCAGCCGAACUGAAACAGAAACUAGACACGUAUUCCUCCAUUACACACUGCAGGAGUUUUUUGCAGCCAUGUGGCUCUUAAAGAAUCCUGAUAAAAUCAGGAAUGUUUUUCAGCAGAGCCUCACUGAGGACAAGAAACACAUGAAACAUUUGAUCCCUUUCAUGUGUCGACUGUUGAACAAGAAGAGCCCAAGUUGGAUGAAGUGUCUGGUUCCAGUUGAGGAGCUCAACAGUACAUCUGACUGGUUCUUCAAGGAGCUCAUAACCACAUUUGUCCCAGAUGUGGUUGACACCGAAGACAGUGGGCUUGAUGUCGACACGUUGUUCUUAUGUCAGUGCUUGUAUGAGUCCCAGAGUCCAGAGGCAUGCAUCUACCUUCUAGACAAACUGGACUACCGUCUUGACCUCUGUGGAGAGAGUCUUGAUCCUUACCUCUGCUGUGCUGUGGCCUAUGUGGUCAAUCAGUCGAAGGGACGGAAAAUAUGGUUGAACCUUGAUGAUGUCACGAUAUCAGAGCGAGGAAUGAGACAACUGUUUGGAUGCCUUCAAAAUAUCCAAUGGUGUGACCCUUUGCCACAGCAGCUGUGGAAGAUUUUCCUUCUCAGUGAAGAACAGAUGGACUUUGUCAGCUUACUUAGCCUCAUUGAAAAUCAGCUGCACCUUCCAGUGGAGGGUAAAAAACAGCUGUUUGAAAGAGCUGUGGAAGUCAUGAAGAGGAUGACAACAAAUGUCAAUGUCUGCCUCUACUGGGACAGAGAAACUCUUGUCUGCCAGAGUCUGUGUGAGUCCUUAAUAGAGGCUUUGCCAUACGUCAGCUCACUCAGCUUUAGGAUGACCACCAGAAGUCCAGGUUUGUGGAACCAUGAGCAAUUCCAUGGGACACUGGAGAGGCAACAAAGGAGACUGUUACUGGAUUUAUGCCUGAAGGCAGCACUUCACAAUGAGCAAAGCUUCCCAAAUGCAGUGAAUAUGCUCCUCUCAUUGUUCCCUCAUCAAAGUGACUUAAGUAACCUCUAUCUCGAUCUGUACCAACAUGUUAGGAAUGAAGGAUUUUUGAGUAUCCUUCCAAAACUGAGGCUGCUUUUCCAGUCAUCUCCUUCAGUGUGGUCCAUAGACCUCUCAGAGAGAAAGACCUCCAUCCUCCUGGAAGUGCUGAAACUCCAAUCAGAGAAGAAACCAGUGGAGCUGACAGGCUGGUCACAUGAAGAGAGUGAAGUGAGGAGUUUCCUGCAGUGUCUGCCUUAUAUCUCACAGCUCAGUUUCGUGCCUCAGUUACCAGAACCUCAAGAAGAACCCAGAUUCUUGGAGAUGCUGUUCUGUGCAGCAGCUGCAGAGAGGAAGCAGCAGAAACGAGAGAAGAUACUGGAGCUGUUAUCAUCAGUCUGCACAUACAAACAUUCCCUCUCAAACAGAAAUGGUGUGAUUUCCUCCUGGACCUGUACUCGUAUGUGA